AGGUCAGGAAGUAAACAUUGAUGGUCGGCUUCCUUCAUGUCCGGCUGUCUUGGGGUCACCAGCGGCGGGACCGGGUAGGGAAAUAUUGUGAGAACUUGAAGAGGGAGGUGGGUGAGGGUGAAGAACCCCGAGAAGUGGACCAAAGGCUCCUAACUGUUACAAAUAUCCUCACGAGAUUGAUGAACGCCAGGUUGAGGAGGGAACGGGGAUCUAGAAGGAAGCCGCCGUCCUAGGCCUCAGUCGUAGUACCUGUGCCCAGUCAGACCAGGACUGUGUCUUCAGUGGUUUUUAAAAGAAGGCCAGAUAACCAUGUCAGCUGCAGCCAUGGAUGCAGGUAAUGCGGCCACCCUUUCGGGGUCCAAAGAAAUGAGUUUGGAGGAACCAAAGAAGAUGACCAGAGAGGACUGGAGAAAGAAGAAGGAGCUAGAAGAACAGCGAAAAUUGGGUAAUGCCCCUGCAGAAGUUGAUGAAGAAGGAAAAGACAUCAAUCCUCAUAUUCCUCAGUAUAUUUCUUCAGUGCCAUGGUAUAUUGAUCCCUCAAAAAGGCCUACUUUAAAGCACCAGAGACCACAGCCAGAGAAACAAAAGCAGUUCAGCUCAUCUGGAGACUGGUACAAGAGGGGUGUAAAAGAGAAUUCCAUAACUACUAAGUACCGCAAAGGAGCAUGCGAAAACUGUGGAGCCAUGACGCACAAAAAGAAAGACUGCUUUGAGAGACCUAGGCGAGUUGGAGCAAAAUUUACAGGUACUAACAUAGCUCCAGAUGAACACCUCCAGCCUCAGCUGAUGUUUGACUAUGAUGGGAAGAGGGAUCGGUGGAAUGGCUACAAUCCAGAAGAACACAUGAAAAUUGUAGAAGAGUAUGCGAAAGUUGAUCUGGCAAAACGAACGCUGAAAGCCCAAAAACUCCAAGAAGAAUUAGCCUCAGGAAAAUUAGUGGAACAGGCUAAUUCUCCAAAACACCAGUGGGGAGAAGAGGAACCAAAUUCUCAGACGGAAAAAGAUCAUAACAGUGAAGAUGAGGAUGAAGAUAAAUAUGCAGAUGAUAUUGACAUGCCUGGACAGAAUUUUGACUCUAAGAGACGAAUUACUGUCCGGAAUCUCAGGAUUCGAGAAGAUAUUGCAAAAUAUUUGCGGAAUUUAGAUCCAAAUUCUGCUUACUAUGAUCCCAAAACUAGAGCGAUGAGAGAGAAUCCCUAUGCCAAUGCAGGAAAGAAUCCAGAUGAAGUGAGCUACGCGGGGGAUAACUUUGUUAGAUACACAGGUGAUACCAUUUCAAUGGCUCAGACACAAUUGUUCGCUUGGGAAGCCUAUGACAAAGGGUCUGAAGUGCAUCUGCAAGCUGAUCCUACAAAACUAGAGCUGUUGUAUAAGUCCUUCAAAGUCAAGAAAGAAGACUUCAAAGAACAGCAGAAAGAAAGCAUCCUGGAAAAGUACGGUGGCCAAGAACACUUGGAUGCCCCUCCAGCUGAACUGCUUUUAGCUCAGACCGAAGACUACGUGGAGUACUCAAGACAUGGGACAGUCAUCAAAGGACAGGAGCGGGCUGUUGCCUCCUCCAAGUAUGAGGAGGAUGUGAAGAUCCACAAUCAUACGCAUAUCUGGGGCUCUUACUGGAAAGAAGGCCGAUGGGGAUACAAAUGCUGUCACUCUUUUUUCAAGUUUUCCUAUUGUACUGGAGAAGCUGGGAAGGAGACUGCUAAUUCAGAGGAGUGUAUUAUAAAUGAUACAAUUGGAGAAGAAUCUGUGAAAAAACCUCAGACCCUCAUGGAGAUGCAUCAGGAAAAACUAAAAGAGGAGAAAAAGAAGAAAAAGAAGAAGAGGAAGCAUCGAAAGAGCAGUUCAGAGAGUGAUGACGAAGAAAAGAAACACGAAAAAUUGAAAAAGGCACUGAAUGCAGAGGAGGCCCGUCUUCUUCAUGUCAAGGAGAUCAUGCAGAUUGAUGAGAGGAAGCGGCCUUACAGUAGCAUAUAUGAAACUCGGGAACCCACUGAAGAGGAAAUGGAGGCCUACAGAAUGAAACGUCAGAGGCCAGAUGACCCCAUGGCCUCCUUCCUCGGACAGUAGUAACUGGUCACAGAUGGUCACCGAAGAUAGACUCUGCUGAUACAUUCUUUUAGAUUCUUGCUGAUGAUUAUCAAUAGAAAAAUCUGUAUCUACUCUCCUUGCUGCCUGACUUUAAAGCAUCCAGAAGACUUAUAGUAAAUUCAUUCCUUUCCACACUGAAGAAACAGAGAAGAAAAAAAAGCGGUACAUUAAGUGCAGAUUAAGAUUUUAUUUCCAAUUUUAUAUUAGUGAUGUGGAAAAAGGUCUUGGCUCUCCACCUAUCACAGAUAUCUUAACAUUUAUUUAUUAAGUUUCAAACUUUAUUUCCUCAAUUUUUAUGGCCCUUUAUGUAGUGUUAGCACUCAUUUUGAAGGCAGUUAGUUACUCUUUCUCAAAACAAGGGCUUCAUUUUUUUUAAAUUAGUAGUAACUAUAACUGUAGUUAUUUGAUAAUCAUUUCUUCUUGCCUUCUCAGAUUUUUCUGAUCUAAAGCUAAUAUCCUGUCUUGAGCUCUGGGUUACUGAAAGGACUGUAGAACGUGUGAAAACUUUAUCCCUGAUGUCAGUCUGUGUAGUAAUAAUUCUGUUUUCCACUUGGUUAUAAAAUUUUGAUUUUCAGAACAUUUCCUUGUACCUUAUACUCAGAACUAAAUGCGUUAGCCUUUGCAUGGAAAAAAAACUAUUUUCUCACCCUUGAGUCAGUGUUAGUACUAGGUCUUUUACCAUUCCGGACAUGAGUGUUUAGACACAGAAAUCCUUUUCUUUAGCAUAGAGGAUAUGGUCUGUGAUACUAAUUGCUGUUUUAAUUGUGAUUGCCUUUAUAUAACAGUCAUGAAUAUUAGAUUUUUUUUUUUUUUUAAUUUUUAUUUUUUUUGGCUGUGUUGGGUCUUCGCCUCCGUGCGAGGGCUUUCUCCAGUUGUGGCAAGCGGGGGCCACUCUUCAUCGCGGUGCGCGGGCCUCUCACCAUCGCGGCCUCUCUUGCUGCGGAGCACAGGCUCCAGAUGCGCAGGCCCAGCAGUUGUGGCUCACGGGCCCAGUCACUCCGCGACAUAUGGGAUCCUCCCAGACCGGGGCUCGAACCCGUGUCCCCUGCAGUGGCAGACAGACUCUCAACCACUGCGCCACCAGGGAAGCCCGAAUAUUAGAUUUUUAAAAGAUUGUAGAAUAUCUCUUGCACCUAAUCUUCAUAGCCAGCAGGUGUCUCUGUAAAAUUUGCAAAAAAGCAAAACCUGAAGUUGAAGGUUUCUUCAAAGAAUUACAAGUAUAGCUUGUAGGGCUAUUAGUAACUGAGAUCACCACGAUUUUUAGCCUUCUUCUAAGAACACUGUGAAGAUAGUACUGACAGUGAGAGUGGGAUCAGUGAAAACAGCCUGUUUAAAACCCCUGACACAAGGAUAUUGACUUUUAACAGCUCACUGGCUUUUCUAAACUACCAAAACCCACUAGAAUAUUGCAUUAAGUUAGCAUCUCAGAAAUAGUGCUGGUGGGAGAGUAACUGAAUCAAAUUGUCAAGUUCUGUGGAUAUACAUGGUAUCUAGAUUCAGACCAGUAUGAAAUUAAAACAGCAAUGCAAAUACAUCGAAUUCUUACCUACUUUAAGAAUGUCAAAAAUUGACGUUUUCAUAUUCCUACCUUAACAUAGGAUGGUUCAACAUAGUCUGAUAUUAGUGUCUAUUUUGUAUUUUAUUUAUCUUUUGUUAAUAAAGAUAUAUAACUGAGAAUACUUAACUGUGAGUGGUUUGUAGCAUUAUUUCAAAUAUUUGGGGACUUCCCUGGUGGUCCAGUGGGUAAGACUCCACGCUCCCAAUGCAGGGGGCCCAGGUUCGAUCUCUGGUCAGGGAACCAGAUCCCGCAUGCAUGCCGCAACUAAGAGUCCACAUGCCACAACUAAAGAUCCCGCGUGCCACAACCAAGACCUGGCACAGCCUAAAUAAAUAAAUAAUAUUUAAAAAAAAAAACAAAAAACAAAUACCUGGCAGAAAAGUGAUCUAUAGGACUGGCAGGAAGCCUGGCUUAGCUUCUGUGCAUUUGAAUUAGAAAAUUUCAGGAGGGACUUCCCUGGUGCUCUAGUGGGUAAGACUCCAUGCUCCCAAUACAGGGGGUCUGGGUUCGAUCCCUGGUUGGGAAACUAGAUUCCACAUGCCGCAACUAAAAAAAAAGAUCCUGCAUGCAGCAACUAAAGAUCCCGUGUGCCACAACUAAGACCCAGCACAGCCUAAAUAAAUAAAUAAAAUUUUUUUUUAAACAAUUUCAGGACUCUUUAAAAAAUGUGUCACCUAACAUUUCUGGGCUUCUGUUCCCUCUUCUGUGAAACCUAAUUUACUCUGAUUUUAGGAAGAAUUCUAUAAUAUAUGAAAUCAUGUCUUAUUUCUGUUUCCUUUUGGAUAAAAGAUAACAUCUACGACAUUACUCAAGAUAUGAACUUUGAUUUUAUUAUCUCAAUUAUAACUGCCUUUUGAGUGCUGGAACUAUGUAAUGUAAUUUUCACAUGUUAUCUCCUCAAAAGAAUUUCAUGGGGUGAGUAAUGGAUGAUAUCCAUAUUUCACAGUAAGCAUAAGGACUUAAUGAGUCCAGAUGGUUUGCUCAAGUCCUAACAGUAAAAAGUGUUGGGGCCAGAACAUAAACCCAAGUCUCUGACUCUAAAGCCUACUCCUUUCUCUAGCAUUUAAGGCCCAGGUUUCUGGGCCAAGCUGGUCUUUUGCAAUUUCUCUCAUUGACAGAAACUUUAAGCAGGCUCUCAAUCUUUUUAUCAGGUUCACCCUCAAUACCUGAAAAUAAAGUAUCUGUCCCACAUUCUUUGCCACUUCCCCCUCUCCUAGCCUUGUGGGAUGCUUCUCCCAAGACUAACUAUACAAAAAUGAGUAAAAUGUGAUUUCAUUAAAUACCCUCAAAAUAGGAAAGUGGGCUAUAUUUAAGUUUGUUUCUUUCAACUUUUUCUCAUUUCUACUUUAGGGUUUUUCUCUGAAAUCUCUCUAAUAUGGGUUUAUUUCUCUAGGAGUCUGUUGUUAAAAAGAAUUUUAAAUAAAAUUUAAAAUCGUUUCUCUAA